CGUUAUCUCCAAUCUGAUUGGUCAGUUGAGAGGGCUAUCCAGAGGAAGCGUAUCCCAACUAGUUUGACAUCCGGAGUUACUGAGAUCAGCCGGGCGGCGCGAAACACUACAAAAUUCACCAGUGUACAAGAAGAUGGACCUGCUGCCGCUGUUGUUGUUCGUCGCGCUCUGCGUUCUUCAGUCCUCCAGUAAACCCAUGGAAAAGAAGGACCGUGUCCAUCACGACGCCCCCCUCAGCAACAAGGAGCACGAUGAUGAGGACAACUUUGACUACGACCACGAGGCUUUUCUCGGGCAAGAGGAGGCAAAGUCCUUUGACCAGCUGACCCCAGAGGAGAGCAAAGAGAGACUGGGUAAGAUUGUAGAGAAGAUUGAUGAGGAUCACGACGGCUUUGUGUCCGCUGAUGAGAUGAAACGGUGGAUCAAACAUGCUCAGAAGCGAUGGAUCUAUGACGAUGUGGACCGGCAGUGGCAGGCUCACGAUCUCAACUCAGACGCUCAUGUCUCCUGGGAGGAAUACAAGAACGCUACCUACGGCUACAUCCUUGAUGAAGCAGAUCCCGAGGACGGUUUUAACUACAGGCAGAUGAUGGCUAGAGAUGAGCGCCGUUUCAAGAUGGCUGAUGAUGAUGGUGACAUGAGGGCCAAUAAGGAAGAGUUUACAGCGUUUCUUCAUCCCGAGGAGUUUGACUACAUGAAGGAUAUUAUAGUGCUGGAGACCAUGGAGGACAUUGAUAAAAAUGGAGAUGGUUUCAUCGACCUUAAUGAAUAUAUUGGUGACAUGUACAGCCAGAAUGGAGAUGCAAAUGAACCAGAAUGGGUGAAAACAGAAAGAGAACAAUUUACAGAGUUCAGGGAUAAAAACAAAGACGGCCGUAUGGAUAAGGACGAGACCCGUGACUGGAUCUUGCCGUCUGACUACGACCAUGCAGAGGCUGAGGCCAAACACCUGCUGUAUGAGUCUGACGCAGAUAAGGACGGACGGCUCACAAAGCAGGAAAUUGUGGAUAAGUAUGACUUAUUUGUCGGGAGCCAAGCAACGGAUUUUGGAGAAGCACUGGUCCGACACGAUGAGUUUUAAUUUUGGAAACUUUGCACUUGAAAAAUGCGAAACGAACAAUAAUUUAUUAUAUGAUUUCAAGCAUACCACAUUGUGAAGCAUUACUGUGUUUACAAAACAUUUCUGUUCUUCCACAGCCUCUCGAUCAAAUGCAUUUUUUUUAAUUUUGGCUUUUUCCGUGAACAUCUUUCGUAGAUUAACGCUCAUCACCGUUGGAUUCUGAUGUGAUUUCAAAUGCACUGAUGAAAUAGUAUUCAGGUCAGCUUGUGAAGCUUGUCAAAGUGUUGUGUAGAGGUUUGUCUGAUGGUCUAUAAUGCACUAAAAUGCGGCCAUAUAAUACAGCAUAAUGGCAUGUGUGUAACCUGACACAGCAUAGAGCAAUAACCGCCCACUAGUGUUUUUACACGGCACAUUAUAUGAACACUUUGUUUGUUUUUUUAGGUAUACCCUUAUGUAAACUACUUUUCUAAAUAAUAUAUCAUGUUUUGCAACCACUACAUGUAUGUGUUUAUCUCCAUUUAGCCAGAGGAUGUAUGAUAUUGGACAUGAUGCUAAGUAGUAGAUUGUAGUAAGGAUGUUGCGUAAUUUCACGGUCUUUCUUUGGCUCAAAAUGCAUCUAACCAGAAGUUCUGAUUGGUUCCUGCAGGAACACGGAUCAGAUUGUCAAGGCUUGUUUUUGUCAAUCUAUAGACCGAUAAAAGCGGUGUGUAAAAUUGAUCAAUCAACUGAUUGGGUGCUCAUUUAUGAACAAAAAACCCCUGCUUGAAGGACUAUUGAACGUCAUUCCACCCACUGCGACCUGUCAAUGAGAGCUUUAUGAAGUGUUAGUACUCUUAUUAUUAGACUGAACCAACAAACUAAAGCUGUUCUUUCCUCAAGUGCCUUUUUCUGUCUCCCUCAACCUUCAGACUGCUUUGACUUUAUUAUGCAAUACUUUAUUUUUGGUUUUCUUACCUUUCUUCCUUGUGCAAUUUGUACAUGACUGAAAAUGAACUCCUCUCAGUACAUAAUUUGUCUAUAAUUAUAUAUAUAUGUUUAUAAUUGAAUGUGAACUCUGUUUAGUAUGCUGUGGUCAGGUAUUGUAAAUACUGUCUUGUAGCUGAGAGUGUUUUCUCAAUAAAAUUGAUGA